UGUCAAAUUGCUGAAACUCAUUCGACUAUCAUGUUACCAUAGGCACCAUAGUAAAUAUAGAGUCAGUUCUUGUUUCACUCUGCUCAAUGCAUCAAUGCGGAUAGGCGUUUUGUGCAACAAUGCGGACCAUAGUUUUAUUAGUAGUUUUUGUUUUUCUUGUUCUAAGUUCUGUAGUCGUAGCGUAUAGUAAUGAAUUUACCAUAACUGUUGAUCCUGGAAAAGAAGACUGUUAUUAUACACCAGUCGCAAAAAACGUUUACCUGGAGGUUGACUAUCAAGUUAUUGAUGGACAACAAGGAGAGUUAGAUAUUGAUUUUCAUUUGACGUCUCCAACUGGUCGAAGAAUAGUCAUGGAAUCAAGGAAAAGUGACAGCACGCACAGGACCAAAACUUUUGAAGAUGGGGACCACAAAAUCUGCUUUGACAAUACUUUUUCAAUUUUCAGUGCCAAAACAGUCUUUUUCGAAAUCUCCACUGACAAUGAUGAAGAAGAUGAUGAUGAUGGAGAGAUAAAAAUAGAAAACAAACAUAAAAAUGAUGUAUGGGGAGAUACUGACCAGGCCUUCUAUGCUGGGCUAAGGCCAGAAGAAAUUUAUGACAUCCAUGUUCAAGAUAUUAAAGACACAGUUGCUAUGGUCAGAGGAAAAUUAACAAGAGCUCAAGAAUUUCAGGAUCAAAUUAGAGCGUUUGAAGCUCGUGAUCGUAAUAUAGCCGAAGGCAAUUUUACUCGAGUAAAUUUCUGGUCCGUGAUACAUGUUAUCACUCUUGUCAUCACGGGCAUUGUUCAAGUGGUAAUGGUACGAAGUCUUUUUGACGAAAAAUCAACGCUGCGACGUCUGUGGAAGCAAGGCAAAAUGUGAAGCACUCAUUCGUUUCACUAGUCACACUGUGCCAGUAAAUUCAAUAAACAAGUGAACUGCUUUGUAAA